AUGGGAGACUGGUGGGGCGUCUUCUCGCUGCUCGUGCUGAUGGUGGCGCGUCUGUGCAAUGUCGUGGUGAUCCGCCAGCGAUGCCGCGAAGUAGGCUGGAAAGGCGCCUCCGAGCCGGGCGUCCGGGGCGAUCUCCUCGUGCUGCUGAGCCAGGACCGCUGGGUGCGGCUGCAGGGUGCCGUCGACGACCUCAAGGCCGUCACGUCCGGGCAGUGGAUGCGCGACCGGACGUUUGCAGAGGACAUCCUGACCGCUCUGGCGACGCUGCUGGUGUACCUCGACACGACUCUGGUCAGCAACGUCAGCAAGUUCGGCCAGCUGCUCCUUCUGCUUCUGCUGAUCGUCUCUGCGGGACUGCUGUCCGUGACGAAUGGCACGACCAAGGAAAUGCACAUGCAUGGCAGGGUUAUCACCGUCAAGGGCCCGCCUAGAAAGUACGCCCGCAGGCGCAACCUGGCGGACGAGCUGGUGCAGGAGACGAAGCGCAAGGAUUGGGCGCUCCGCCUGGGUAUGAUUGUCGAUGACGCUGCUGGCGAUGCGCAGGUGGUUCUGUAG